UUUGGUGCCUACUCUUUUGUCUUUAGAUAUGGCUCGUGGACAGCAGAAGAUUCAGUCUCAGCAGAAAAAUGCCAAAAAGCAGGCUGGACAAAAGAAGAAACAAGGACAUGACCAAAAGGCUGCUGCCAAAGCUGCCUUAAUAUAUACCUGCACAGUCUGUAGGACACAAAUGCCUGACCCCAAGACCUUCAAGCAGCACUUUGAGAGCAAGCACCCUAAGACUCCACUUCCUCCAGAAUUGGCUGAUGUUCAGGCAUAAAGUUGUUUACAGGUGAAUUCAUGACACCUUGGACUCUUCUACUGUCUCAGACAUUAGGUAACAAACCUGCAGCUGCUUUUUUAAACAAACUGUUGAUCAGCAAAAAAAUAAAGGGGCUACAGAAACACUCAUUUUUAUGCUGUUCCCUUUGGGCUUCAUGCAAAGACAAUUCUGUGUAAAUGUACAGUUGACUCUGAUGUGGAAAUCUGAAAAAUCAGUCCAUUCUUGUUAUAAAAUUUUUUUACAAUUGUAAUUAUAUUGAUGUUCAUAUUGUGUAAAAUAACUCAUUUAAUAAAGUAGUGCUUUGAUUUUACAACACCACAGGAUAAAUGGUUCUAGAAAUUCUGUUCUAACUUUCCUUAUUAUUUGCCUUAUUAUAAAAAUGAAUUGAUGAGCUAGUGUUGCAAGAGCAGUCCUCCCUUCUCAGCUCAGUGGCAGGCUUGUUAAACUAGAGCAGGCUCACUCGUUAAAUCGUGCACAUGAUUCUACAGCAGCUGAUGCAGGCUAAGGAAUGGCUGAGCUGCUGCUUCCGAGUAUUCACAGUUGCAUGUCAUUUCCUGUGUGUCCAUCUGGGAGUGCCCUGUAGAUGACAGAUCCAGUUCAUAAGACUGGUAGGGUUGCCAGUGAGCCCUUCUGGGCAGCGAAUGAAGGGGCGAUGGGAGCUGUGAAGGCCUGUGUCUCACAUGGGUCUUCGCAGGUUGUUCAGAUUCGUCAUUGGAAAUUGAACUAUAAGUUUUGAAAGAUUUUGAAAGUUAUUUAGCUAAUUUUAUGAAUGGAUUUUUGCAUUAACAAGAAGAUUAAAGUGAUUUGUUCCAGGCUAAUUCCCAGAACAUUCUUUGUCUUUCAAAUAAAACUCUAAUUUUAGAGACUUAGUCUUGCUGGCUCCUGAAAUCAAAGACUGUCUAGUCUGACUUCUACCUGAACUAGCAAAGUGUUCUGCCAGUUAGGACUAGCUCUGCUCUUGUAGUUUACAAGCAAGUCUGCUGUAAAGUUUAAGUUUAGAAAUUGAUGUAGUGGGAAACCCAUUACAUCCUGACAGCCGCUUUGAGCUGCAGCCCUGACCUGUGGAUAACGGGGUUCGGAUCCCUCGUGAUGUAGCCUGGGCAGUUAGUGGACAGCUUAACAUACUCUGACCACCUGGCUCAGGUGCCACUGAAUUUGAAGGAUGGUGUUUCAAGGGAGAAUCUUAGUGCUGGUUCUUUCCACAGCAGCCCUGUCCCCAGCCUCACAUAAGUACAGUUGUCUGUUCCUUAUUUAAUUUCCUGCCUUUCAUAAUUGGUUAUCCUCUGCUAAAAUGUUGCUGACUAGAGUUUUACCUGUUUUUUGUGGAUCUUAGUGACAUUCUAGUUAAAAGGCAAUUUUAGAGCUUUCAAAAGUGCUUUACACAGAUGUAUGUUUCCUUUAGUAACAAACUGGUUAUUUAGAGCCUGUUCACAAUUUUCAGUUUAAUUCUUUUUGUUCGUUUCACUGUUGUAAUUCAGAAUAAAACAUUUUCAAUCUUGUAUUUAACUGUUUUAUGAGCAGCUGAAGACACCAUAUUUCAUUCUGUAUCUCAGUGAUAGGGAAUAGUUGAUGGAUCUUCAUUCUUAGCAUGGGGAUUGCCAGCAUGGUCCUAUUUUGUGUUUCAGUUAAAUCUGCUGUAAGGAGAAAAAUGACAGCUCAAACAUCUCUGUAAUUUAAUUUGGAGAUUAUCUUAACAGACAAGUUUGUUUAGAAACUGUGUUGGUGUCUUCAAAGGUGAUAUAAAAUAGCAAGGGACUGAUCUGAUUGUAUUCUGUAUUUACGUUAGUUGUCGAAAGGAAUGGGGUUCACAUUAAGCCUGUUUCCAUUCUCACCUCCCAUGUUUAGCUGACACACUUGGGACCUCACUGUGCUGUAAUGUCUUAUUAAAGAAGAUGUUAAAAUGAAA